CGCGGAGCCGAGUCCCGGCCGGCGAUGGGCUCGCGGCUCGGGCGGCAGAGCAGCCUGGAGGAAGAGGCGGCUGCGGUUGCAGGGGAGCCGCCCCGGCCCAAGAAGAAGAAGCAGCAGCAGCAGGACUGCCGGGGCCAGAAGGAGCCCCCGCUCCCGCGGCGCCGCCCGGGCUUCCCGCUGGCCUCGCGGCUGCUGAGCUCAAAGAAGCUGCCGGGGGUGCUGCGGAAGAGCAGCCCGGCGCCCCCCUACGUGCGCCGGGUGGGCUGGCUCCGCGACAUCCAGGCGGCCCUCCGCCAGCGCCGCCGCGACCGGGCGAUGCACACCCUCCGCCUUCUCCGCAAGGACCUUGGUUUAGAAGGGACAUUCCUCAAUGAAGUUCUCUACAAGAACGCAGCCUUCCUCAACCUUGUGGAUCCCAUCUCCCACGAUCUCCUGAUGAGCCUUGCCCGAGACCUCCAGUGCCCCAAAAAGGAAUACGACCCCUGGAAGUCCUCGGACCGGAUCUGCCGGCAGCUGAUUUACCACUUGACUCCUCAUUCCAAGUGGCACCGGCAUGGCCUGCCCCGGCGGAGGUCCCAGGCCAGUCUGAAAAACAGCUUGCAAAAGAAGCUGAGCCCGGACACGAUGGAUCUGUCAGGGAUCCCCCUUUCCAUGAGAGACACCCACCGCCUGGCUUACUACCUGCAGAGCAAAGGUGAGGACUUGAGCACUGUGGACCUGAGCUUCACCGACCUGACGGACGAGAUGAUGCACCUUUUGCUGCCUUUCCUGUGGCCACUGCCCAACCUCACUCACCUCUCCCUCAACGGGAACCGCCUGACCCGCGCCACUGUGAAGGACCUCACCGACACCAUGAAGGAGGCGAGCAAGUUCCCCUGCUUGGCGUGGAUCGACCUCGGCAACAACGUGGACAUCUCGUCCAUGCCCCAACCGCUGCUCGUCGGCUUGCGGAAGCGCCUGGGCCAGCGCGCCACGCUGCCCACCAUUUACGAGGUCCUCGACUGCGAGGCCGAACUCUCCAGCGGAGCAGAGGCCAGCCAGAUGGAGGAAGAGGAAGGUGCGGCGGCUGGAAGCAAGUCCCACGACUUCCCCCUGCAGUCUUGCGAAAGGUGACUGGGCGUGCGAGGCCUCCUCUGCAAUAUUGAAGCCCCGGCAGCGAGAGUCCCGACCGCAAGAGGUCCUCUUGCCUUUACCAACAACCCUGCCCAGCUUGGAAGGUUUCCAGCCAGGGCCCGUUGCUGCCGUCCGCUCCCCAGAGCAGAUUCCUCCUAACCACAGUUUGCAUCACACAGACACGCCCCCCACCCAACAGGGACUAGUCACUUACCGUGGCCAUGAAUGCAGACCUAGGAAGAGCGAGCCAUCAGGAGGCAGUGGGCAAGGUAGAGAACUUAAAAUGAGCAGCACCACAAGUUGUUGGUACAAAGCAGCAGCUCCUGCCCCCUCCCUCAGCUUGCAAGAGGUGGGGGCCUGUACCCCCAAGUGGUGGUGGGAUGCAGGCUGCAUCUAAAGGCUGAACGGCCAUGGCUUGCAGACCUUAGAGAGGAGAGGCGGCGGCAGCAGCUGCUGCAAGCCUGGUAUUUUGUUUUGGUUUUUUUGUUCCAGUCUCCAGACAAAAGGGCAAUGGAAUGCAACGUUCUACAGAGUGUGCAAGCCAAGGACAUGUGACUGUGUUGCAGCGUCAGGAUAUUUCAAGGCUAGGAAUAUGUGGGGUAGGGGACUGGGAUUUGUAGCAAAGGCAGAGAAGAUAUCCCUUUGCAGAUUCAGUUAUGGACCAAACUGGAGCAG